AUGUCCCUUUUACAUCGCUUCCGUUCACCUAGCGAUCCCACCAAUUUCCUGCGGGCUUUGCAAAACAGAAUGCAUACUCCAAACAUAAAAGAAUUCCAUUACAACAAUCCGCAAGACGUCCCUGAGACCCUCCACGUAGCGAUUGACGAACUAAUUGGAUCUUCUUCCUUGGUUAGCAAUCUUCGCUCUGUUAGUCUAACAACAACAACAUCUUGUAGCACUUGUUUGUGUUCCUCUUCUAAAAAACAAAAGGAGACAAUUCUUACUUUACCAACAUGCAAGUCAAUAGGGGACUCUUUCGAGGCAUUUUCGCAGUCGCCACAGCUUGUAGGCGACGACAAGUGGUUUUGCCUCCAGUGUUUAUCACACCAGGAGAGCACAACUGAAACACAAAUUUCCAGUUGUGGCGAUGUCCUUGUAGUUCAUUUACUUAGGUAUGCCUCAGAUAAUGGUUCCUCUUUCAAAGAUGCAAGAUCGGUGAACUGUCUGCCUACGAAACACCACGAGGUAUUCGUGCUUUCUCAUCCUACUGAUGAAAUUUCCUUUAGCAACAAGUACAGAUUAGUCGCCACGAUUAACCAUUCAGGUACUUUAAAAGCAGGACGUUUAUUAAAGAUCAACGAAACACUUGCCUUGAGUGCAACGACCCCUGAAUUUCAAAAGUCAAUUUAUCUCACUUUAACAAUUCAUCCUUUUACAUACUAUUUUUUACCAGGACUUAACUUUUUCCAUGCCAUAAAAACAAAUUGGGGGAGGGAAUAA